GUGCCGUUCGGGCUUGGGCACACAUUUCAAAAUUGCCUCUCAAAGCGUGCGGAUGUACGCCGUCCGUACUCGCGUCGAGUGUUGGGUUUUGAAUUCUACCAGUGCUACGUAAAAUAUGCAGUGGACGGCAAAUGUAGGAACGUGAAACCAAAGCCAAGCUGAAACGCAAAGCAAAAAGCGCCCUCUAGCGCACGGUGCAACAUCAAUUCUAUUCAAAUGAAGAAACUGCAACGGUUUCGCCUAACGUCAAGUUAAACUACUUUAGAAAGAUUCCUUUUGCUUCGCUAAAUAAUUUUUAACGCUAUUUAUGUAUUUAUCGUCGUCGCUUAACUUAUUUAUUUAUUUAAAUUAUUCAACUGUUUUGCUGCAACAUCAACAAACCACUGGAAGCAACGGCAAAAGAAAAAUAAAUUUAUGCUUAGUUUAAAUUUCUUCAAAACACCUGUUCUAAGUCGAGUCAGUUAUAUAAAAAAAAAGACGCAACGCUAAGUAACUUAUUCGUUUGAUUGUAAGCAAAUCCCGCAACGUUUGGAAGUUCAACAACAGCAACAAAAAAACCCAAUACAAGCCUAACAAGCAGCAAAAGUGCAUUCAUCGUUUGGGAGGAAACGCGACAGUACAAAUUUAAAACAAAAUAAAAGAUUAUACACAAAAAAAGCCCAACGCCAGAAAAAGAAGAAAAACAACAACAAAAAAAGCAGCGGGAAAACAACCUACCAAAAAGAUAAAACCAACAGAAAGCGUUAAUUAUACAACAAAUCGUACCCACCCAUUCCAAACCGACGAGCAGCCCGUGAAUUUUCGACAAUAAGGCAAAACCAAAAGUGGCGUGCCGGGCGACAAAAUUGCAUCCAGUGACGAAAACAAAGGAAACAAAAGGAAAGCAGAAAAAAGUGACACAUUUACAAACAAAUCGAAAAUCAUCUAAAACAACCCAGUUCAUACAAACCAAAAGCAAAAUACAAAACACAACACAAUCAAAGUACAAAGUAAAUUACAGAGGAAAUAUUUAGUAUUUAAUAUCAAAGAGUUUAAAAACAAAACUACAAAAGAAGAUAGUAAAAGUAUCGCAUACAGAAAAGAAAACAACAACAUUUACAUGCUAUAUUACAAUCGUGUACCAAAAGCAAUCGUGCUAACGAAGUGUGUAACGCAGCGCGUAACGGUGGAAUCAAAGUGUGUUCAGGAAUCGUCCGAAUCCAACAAAACCAAAAAAAUACAAAACAACAAUUUUUAAUAAUUCUUAGCACAAAAAAGCAAAGAAAAAACAAAAAAACCCAAUGUGACAAACGCGUGUGACAACCGUGCGAGGUGUAUCCUUUUGUUUGUUCGUGCGUACUUCGCGUACUUGCGUGUGGAAGCAAAAAAAAAAAACGUCGUGACCUGUACUAUUUAUCGGAAAUAUUCUGACUGUCCUGAGAGUGCGCUAGCAUGUAAGCAAUCGUGAGCGGUGGAAAAAAAGCAGAUAAUUCUAAAUUAUAUCCUCAAUUUCGGGGUAGUUCAAGCCGACUACAAGCUAUUUUUUAUACGUGCAAAAGCAAUUUUUCCUAGCGUGUAAGUCGUGGUGGAGAAACGGUUAAAUUUUACAUACCAAAAAUUAAUGAAAAUCCAGCAAACCUGCGCCAAAAACGGUUUGUGCUUUUCCGAACAGAACUACCUCUCUAGUGUGCGUGUGUGUGUGAGUAUUUGAAAACUUGGUGGCAUAUAAUUGAACGUGACAGUGGACAGGUGGAAAUAAGUAAAGAACAAAAGAAGUGUGUUUCUUGUUUCGCCGGUAUCAGUGAAAUUGCGCUCGUUCUAGUCGCGCGUCGCGAGUGUUCUUACAGUGUUUAGUAAGUGUGCGUGUGUGUGUGUAUGUGUGUGAUAUUUAAGUAAAGGACGAUAGGACGAAAUAGUCAGUAGCGAGAAGAUAAGUAGCGAUAAGGUAACAAUUGUAUGGUAACAACGGAAGCUCGCCUGGCGGAAGCGAAGAUGCCGCUCGGCAGCGGGUUGCGAUACGGAGCAUGACCUCGAUGAUGAGUGCAAGCACCGCGGACGACACGACCCAGCAAAGUUUACCGUCGUUCACGUCGUUCUCCGCCGAGCUGGAGCCCUCGUGGGACUACUACGAGCAGCGUCCGGAGCGUUCGAACAGUGCCACGAACGGGUCCACCGAUGUGAUUGCAUCGCAAACGUCCGCUAACGGCAGCUACACGCGUCCUUGGGAGAUGGACACCAAGGAUAAUCGGAUGGCGCCUCCGCACGGGCCGCCCGGCACACCGGGUCCACCGCCGCCACCCACCCCGAGCGGGUUCGAUCAUGGCGGUUUCCCGAAGUUGCCCUCGUUUCAAAGUCAAUUUCAUAGCUUCACCGAUACGGCAAUGGUAACGCCGGAACCAAGCUUACCGCAGGUAACGGCCGUACCCGUACCGAUCUCACCGAGUUCUGCCUCACCCGGAACGGGCGGUUCAUUGACGCAGCUGACGCAGCUAACACCGACACCGUUGCCACCGCUGCCGCAGGGUGGAUUCCACACACUGUCGGCGGUAAAUUCGCGCCCAUAUCCGAUCGUACCGGCUGCAAUCCCGGUACGUGAUCUGGCCGGCAUCAAUCACCAUCAGCAUCAGUAUAUCGAUGAGCGACACAUUCAGCUCUAUCAACCGAUGGCCACAUUCCAGGGCCAAACCAUCCCAACGCUGGCAGUGAUCAAGAAGGAGAUGGUUGACUACGAAAUGACUUCCCUCAACAAUGGUACCACGUUGCACCACAGUAACUUCCAGAAUCCACUGCUCGACAAUGGGCUGUUCGCACAGAACGGUACCACCGUGCACCAUAUCCAGCAUCAACCGGCCCAGCUGCAGCACCAUCUGGCGCAACAGCAUCAGCAGCAGCAACAGCAGCAGGCCACGAUCGUACAGCAUCAGCCACAGCUGCAACUGCAUCAUCAGCACAAUCUGGUCACGCCGUCAGAUCAUCAUCACAAUAACAACAAUAACAGUGCCGUUGCCGGUCCCACAACGCCCAGCAGCAAGAUGAGCACCACAUCCGUCCGGUUGGAUCCGGGCACUCCGGCCCAGAUAACGCGCAUCGACAACCGGAAGAAGGAGCGCCGGAAAAUACGAGCUCCAUCACUGGAGUCCAGUGCCGAGUCGGAGGGUAGCGCGAUGGAGAUCGGCGAAAGUGGCAACCCGGGACAGGUGGCGGCCAUCUCCAGCACGGCAAACUUCAAGAGUCCAAUGCACACCAUGAGCAUGGACACGGAUGACGGUGGUACACCGGGCGAGAAAUCGACGAAAAAGAAACGGAAACGUUGUGGUGAAUGUGUGGGAUGUUCGCGCAAGGAUAACUGUGGUGACUGUGCACCGUGCCGUAAUGAUAAGAGCCAUCAGAUCUGCAAAACCAGACGCUGCGAGAAGUUGACCGAGAAGAAGAUUCUUUACGGUCCGGACGGCCAGCUGCUGAAGCCGGAAUCCCGUCGGGGACGCGGCAAAGGAAGCAAAUCGAAGGCAGCGGCAGCAGCGGCUGCGGCGGCAGCGGCAGGAGCCACGAACGGAAGCGCUAAUGGAGCGAUCGUGUCGUACGACGCCAACGGACAGGCCAUCCGCGCUGAAGGGAAGCGUGGCCGCGGACGAGGACGUGGUGGCGGGGUAAGCGACAAGAAAUCGAGUGGUCGUGGUCGCAAGGCACUGAAUCUCGGCGCAACACCCAAGAACGUGCCCCAAAACUCGGCCGUCUCACCCGCACCGGCCUCCCUUCCGCAUCCAUCGCCGAACACUACCACCGGUGCACCGUCGACGCCCAAUGUGCAGGUGUCGGGAAACCAGUCCCAACAGCAGCAGCAACAGCAACUGGUGACCGUAUCCGGUGCACAGACCGGAACCGCCGCACCACCGACCGCCGCUAAUACCGCCGCCCCGGGUGUCCAUAAUAGUGCGCUGCUAGGCAGUGGCCCAAGCCAGCACCAGCACCAGCAGCAGCAACAUCAGCAGCAAGCGCAGCUGCAACAUCAUCUAGCCCGCCAUCCCCCUAUACCAGGUGCUCCACCGCCCGGCGGAGGAGGAGGAGGUCCUGGGAACCUCCAGCAGCAGCAGCAGCAGCAGCAACAGCAGCAUCAGUCCAUCAUCAUAAAGUCGGAACCGAGCGUCGAAGUCAUGAAGGAUCAGCCGCAACAGCCGAUGGCCCCAAUGGCGUUCUAUCCCACCUGGCAAGCUGACCCGUCCCAGGGUUGGCAAAAUCAGUUCAUCCAACAGAUUCCACAGAACACGCCUGCUAUCACACCACUGAACUCGCUCGAGUUUCAGCCACAGGGAUACGCCGCAUACCAACCGAACGGUUACGUCCAGACUGCUGGCAUCGGGUUCGAUCCGAACUAUGGCCGUACGUACGCUGCACCACCAGCAGUACAGCGCUACGACUUCCAGGCCAAUCAGAUCGCACCGAUCAAUCAGGUGUCACUGCAGAGCGUCAGCUUCGCGCCCACAGUCACGUACGCCGGCCAGGUAUCGACCGGUCCGGCAACGAUCGUGUCCGGCCACGCCGGUAACAAUCCGCACGACCAGUUCAAUCUGCAGCUCGGUAGCAGCAAACAGCAGCAGCAGCAAUCCUCGGCCACGGCUUCGGCAACGUCGGGAAACGACAUGCCUGGAUAUCCACGGGUGAACAGCGUACCGCCGCGCUCACUCAAUUGUAAUGGGUAUUCAGGCCAGCAAGAUUACGGCGGUCUGCAGACGUCGACGACGACAACCACCACCACGGCAGCGAGCGCGAACGGCAACUCGAACAGUACGUCCUCCGCUAGCGCGUCAUCGUCUCCGUCUGCAUCCACGGUUGCGACCGCUGCGAAUGCCGGCAACGGCGGCAGUAGCAGCAGUAACAGCACCACCACCAGCAACAACAGCAACAACAACAACAACAACGGUAGCACGGGCUCCUCGUCCUCCAUGCACCCACCGCAGGGAGUUCCACAGUCUCCCAAUCGUCAGCCACCGCGUCCGAAUUCGAACCAGCAGCUGUACGCCCAACAGUCCCCGAACCCGUACAACGGUGGCAGCUCGGGUGGUGGCAGCUUGCAGCAGUCGCCAAGUCACAACGGCAACAACACACCGGUCGGAUACGGUAGCGGCAGUGGACAGAGCGGUAUGCACACACCCUCGCCAAUGCAGCAGGGCACUCCAACCGACAAUCAGCAUCAGCAAUCGCCCAGCCAUAUGCAAAGUGACUGGGGAUGGAACCAGCAGCAGCAGCAAUCGCAACAGUCCGGUGCGGAUCUCUUCAACCAGUCCGAUCGAGUGAACUUAAACUCUCGGCUCAAGACGAUGAUCAUGAACAAGGGCGACCAGAAGGAUGCGCUCCUGUCGUCCGGUGGUCAAUCUCACCUGGGAUCACAUCUAGGGCUGCAGCAGCAGCAGCAGCAAACCGGCGCACAGCAAUCGACCGGUCAUUUUUUAUCGUAUAGCCACCAUCUCCGAGACAGCCUAACGCCGACACAUCUGGGUGGCCCCGGUCCGGGUACGCCCGGACAGCAGCAGCAGUCGGCGUCGGGGGCCGCUAGUGGUGGCCCCGGCAUGAUGGCCGGUGGCACCGGCAGCGGCAACAGUAGCAGCAGUACAGCGAACGAAGGUACUACUAUCGGAGAUGGUGGCGGCAGUGGACUGAUCAACAGUAUCGGCAGUAUUGUUGAUCCGAGUUGGAAGCACCCGCAGGUAGGCGGUGCAGGAAGCAAUAGUAGUGGCAGUGGCGCAAACAACGGUAGUAGCAGUCACGGCAGUACGUCAUCGGUGGCGGUGGGCAUGAAAUCGCCCACGCUCACUGAUCACCACCAUCAUCAUCAUCAUCAGCUACAGCAGCACGAUCAUCUGCUAGCGGGUGAUCUACAUCACGGUACGAAGCAUUCGGUUUUUGAGCAGAAGCAGCAAUUAAUCGACAAGAAUAAUACUGACCCUGGUGGCGGAGGAGGAGGCGGUGGCAUCGGUUCACCGACCGGUGGCGAGCUGAAGGGAAAGAUGGGCAAGUCAGGUGGAUCUUCCUCGUCGUCAUCGUCCGGUUCACCAUCGGCCGGAUCACCUUCCUCCAAGGCGAAAGGAAAGGGAGGCGACAAACAUGGCAAAUCGAAACACGCUGGACAUGGCCAUCAUGGCCAGCAGCAGCAACAUCCCGGGCAGCAGCAGCAGCAGCAUCAUCUCGAUCACCUUGGACAGGGGAUCGUGGAUACGAAAUCUUCCAGCUAUUCGAGCAGCAGCUCCAGCUUCAUGAUGCAUCACGAUCAGCAGCUGCUGCAACAGCAACAGAACUACACGAACAUGAACCAAACAUAUCCCGGCAGCGGUGGCUCAACAACGCCGAACGGAAGUCAAACUUCCGGCUCGCUGCUCGGUUACUCGCCGGCCGGUGCAUCCUCCAUGAUGGUGGACAGCAAGCUGGUGGACGAUAAGAGUCCGCUGAACCGUUUCCGACACGAUUCCCUGUCGAGCGGGUUUAAUCCGCAUCUGCAGGCAGGCGGAACUGGCACAACCGGAGCUUUCCAUCAUCCGGGCGGUUCGGCCAGUCAGACGAGUGGGUCGGGUUACAAUCUGAUGAGCGUCAAGAAGGAACCCGGUCUGCUGGACGAUGGACAGUCCUCGUUGCCGAAGUUCGAUGGAGGGUAUGAGAAGAACUAUCAGAACUUUAUCCGGUACGGUGACUAUUGCGAUAAUACGCAGUCAGCCGUCUCACAGGCAACGGUACAGACAGGCGGCACAUCGGUGAAGGGAGCGUCCUCAGAUUACAACAGUUACUACUCCCCGUACGGAAGCUACUCGAGCUAUUCGACCCAGAACUACCCGAACUAUCACAACCAGCAAACGGUCGGCGGUGGCUUCGGUAGCGGAUCGGCCAGUAACAGUAACAGCAACAGCAGUCUUCCACCAGCGCAAACACCCGAAGGUAAUGCGUUGCUAUCGCUGCCGGCCAUUUCGACACCGGUCGCCCAUCAGACCAACUUCGAGCAGCAGAUCCCCGCACAUACGUACCCCAUACCGAAGAACAACAGUUUGCUCCCAGCUUCCGAUCCGGUAUCGAUCAAGCUGGAGGCGGACGAUUCGGCGUACGGCAGUAUGGGCAAUAACUCGACGAAUCUUGGAUCGGAUCCGGGCAGUGAUCCGGGCGUUGGUAAUCAAUCGUCCGGAGCGGGUGGCGCAUUGGCAGAGAUAGACGUUGCGUCCGGGAAUCAAUCCGUAUCAGCUCCAUCGUCCGGUACGACACCAACCGGUGGAACCACAGCAACCACCAACACUACCACCUCCACCAGCACCUCUACCGGUACCAAAUCAAAAUCGAAAAAGGGAGAAAAGAAAGACAAAUCGAAAGAUAAUCACGGUGAGGGAACGGACGGAAAGGCGGAAGGUGCCUCGACCGGCGGUGGCAAAAGUAAAAGCAAGAAAGAGUCGAAAAACGUCAAGAAGGAACCGGUUGAUCCGGCCCAGAAGGCGGACGACGAUAAGCUGGAGAAAUCGCACAAACCGGAAGCACCCGAUUGUGAUUGUUUCAGUUCCGGCACGGAUAAAGCACCGUCCGAACCGGGCAGCUAUUAUACGCAUCUUGGCUGUGCGGCAACGCUUGAAGAUCUGCGACGAGAAACGGAACUCCGCGUGGGACUAACUGGCAAACAGCUCCGAAUCGAGAAGGUAGUCUACACCGGCAAGGAGGGCAAAUCGAGCCAGGGCUGUCCGAUCGCGAAAUGGGUCAUCCGGCGUGUCGAUCCAGAGGAGAAGCUCCUGUUUGUGGUGAAGCGCCGACAAGGGCAUCGGUGUAAGGCAUCGUUCAUUGUGAUCUGCAUUGUGGUGUGGGAUGGAAUACCGAACCACGAAGCGGACAGUGUCUACCGGAUGCUGGCGGUGAAGCUGAACAAGUUUGGUCUCCCGACGGUACGUCGCUGCGCUACCAACGAAAAUCGUACAUGCGCCUGUCAAGGUACGAACGGACUCGAUCCCGAACUGUGCGGCGUAUCGUACAGCUUCGGUUGCAGCUGGUCGAUGUACUACAACGGUUGCAAGUACGCCCGAUCGAAGACGGUACGCAAGUUCCGGCUGUCGGUGAAGAACGAGGAGGCCGAGAUUGAGGAGCGCAUGAACGUGCUGGCGACCAUGCUGAGUCCGCUGUACGUGACUGUUGCACCCCAGGCUUUCCAGAACCAGGUGCAGUACGAACGGGAGGCACCCGACUGUCGGUUGGGACUGAAACCGGGCAAACCUUUCUCAGGUGUGACGUGCUGUUUGGACUUUUGUGCCCAUACGCAUCGUGAUCUGCACAACAUGCAGGACGGCUGUACGGUGCAGGUGACCCUACUGAAGCCAUUACCACCGGGCGUUAAGCCGGACGAUGAGCAACUACACGUGCUGCCACUCUACACGAUGGACACGACGGACGAGUUUGACAGUGAGGAGGGCCAGAAGAAGAAGCACGAAACCGGCGCCGUGCAGGUGCUGGAGAAAUUCCAAACGGAAGUUCGCGUCCGCUCGACUCCGCUGCAACCGUGUCGGAGACAUGGCAAGAAGCGUGGUAAUGGAAAGGAUGAAAAGCUCGGCAAGGAUGGUUCGGAUGGUGCGGCACCGGACACACCGCCACCGCCACCGCCUCCAACGAAGAAGGAAAGCAAAUCGAAGAGCAAAAAGUCAUCGGCAGCAUCGACCGCAUCGAACAGCGGUGGCUCGACCGCCAACAGUGUCGCUUCACCGGGUGCCGGUGGUAGUGGUUCGGCGGGUGCCGGUGGUUCUUCGGGCUCUGGAUCUCCGCGUGCCCAUACGCCCGGCAGUCAGAAAUCAACGGGCAGUGGGAAAGGUUCGAACAAUACCACACUCGAUCCGGUCACCGGUGUACUGACGGAGAAGCAUAGUUCCCCGCUUCACGGACAGGGUGGUGCGAUCGGUGGUGGCGUCGCGGGAGCAUUGGUAGCUGCUGGUAAUGGAGGUUCGGGAAGCAGUGCAUUCACUGCGCCGAACACGAUCAACUCGCCGAACUCGGUGGCGAACAACAACACGAACAGUACGCUUAUCGAUAUGGCGUCGAUGAUCGACAACUUCACGGACGCUCAGCUGCAGUCGAAUCAGAUCUCGAGCACGGUGCUUGAUUCGCCGUACAGCUACGAUUACAACACCGGUCAGUACAUCGACAACCGGCAGUAUUACAACAAUUGGCCCACGGAUUACUACGGCAAUCGGGGCGAUCCGAGCAAGCUGGCAGGGUUGGGCCGUAACGAGGAGAUCCCCGAUACGACCACGCGUCCCGGCAGCAACAGCAGCAACUCGGCAUUCAGUCCGAGCAUUCCGGAUCCCACGAAAACGCCCACACCGAUCCACAUGGAUGAUUACGGCAGUACGAAGCUGAACCAGGGCCAGGUGCACCAUCACCACCAUCAGCUGCAGCAACAGCAGCAGCAACAGCAGCAGCAGCAGCAGCACCAACAGCAGCACCAACAGCACCAGCAGCAACACCAGCAGCAGGCUCAGCAGCAAACGCAGAACACGUACCACACGCUGCAGCAGCCCGAGCAGGGUUUCGUGAAACCGAAGCCACCGGACUACAAUCCGGCCGCCGGGUACGGUUACCAUCAUCCGAACACUCCGAUGGGCUACGGCUACCACCAUCACCACCAUCCACCGUACCAUCACACGCCGUACGAUCCGUACCAGAACUACAACUAUGGCUAUCCGCCGCAAAGCUACCACCACCAUCACCACACGACAUAUCACAACAUGUAUCCGGCGGCGGCGGCCGCAGCAGCCGCAGCCCAAACGCAACUUCCCGGUACGGGACCGGCACCACCACCGCCACCCACCGCGGUCAUACCCGCACCGCCGCCACCCUCCAACUGGAACCUGUACCCACCGCAUCUCGGUUCCGCAACGACCACCGCUCAGUUGCACGUAGCGGCCGCCGCGGCCGGUGCACUCGGCAAGCAGUCCGACCUGGGCGCGGUGGGCGGCGGACCGGGCGGACUGAUGUCGCAAUCGGUGGUCGCCCCGCAAGCGCCGGCUCCACCACCGCCGGCCCCACUACCACCCAAAGAAACGCUCGGCGAGGUAACGGAAACGAACGAGAACCUGGACUGCUUCGAGGAUCCGCAGAUGGGCGGUGUGGCGAUAGCGCUACCGCACGGUAGUGUCAUCAUCGAGUGCGCCAAGCUCGAGAUGCAUUCGACGACGGCCGUGAAGAAGCCGAACCGAUUGAACCCGACGCGCAUGACGCUGAUCUUCUACCAGCACCGGAACCUAAACCGGCCGAAGCACGGUAUCGCCGAAUGGGCGGAAAAGAUGCGGCUGAAGAAGCUGGGCAUACCGACGAACGAUCCGCUAGACGAUAAGGAUAUGCUGCUGGAGGACGACAUCAAGGCGGAACCGCUCGACGAGCUGCACCAUAUGCGCCAUAUGGGUGAUGAACAUGACAUGAUGGACGUAGAGUAUCCGGGUGUCUAGUGGUGAGAGAAGGAUCUGCCAUCGAGGCCAACGACACUGGAUGAGCAGAUCGGAACACAAGACGUUACACCACAGCCACAGUCGGCGACUGUGAGCAAACCGUCGAUGACGGUGGCAUCUGGACAGCAGCAGCAAUCGACGAGGCAAUCGACUCCGGGACACACCGCUAGCGGUCACCGGGGAACAGCUGCCUCUUCGCUACAGUUGCUACAGAACCACCAACAAUCGACGAUGUCACAUCAUCUGUCCCACCAUUACUCCCAUCAUCAUCAUCAGCAGCAGCAGCAGCAUCAGUCGCAUCAUCAUCAUCAUGCGUCGUCCUCCUAUCAUCCGCUGGCAGGCAGCAGUCAUUCACCGGUAUCGUUGCUAUCUCAGCGAUAUCAUCACCAUCAUCAUCAGCAGCAUCACCAUCAUUAUGCCGCCCAUCACCGGAGUCCCUUUUCCCAGUGGUUACAGCAACCGGACAGGGGAGGUGGUGAUCCACACGGGCAGUACUAUUACUAUUACUACUACUGAAGAACAAACAGGCGGAAAGAAGAAAGGAAGGAAGAAAGUAGGAAGUGUUUGCCAUUUGUCUUGCCAAAAACGCUAUGAAAAGAAAAAAGCAAAAACCUGAUCGACGAUCUAGCCUAUUUGUGUGGGUGUAACAAGUCAACCAAAUAUGGUACAAAACCGGAAUCGGAAGUAACGGAAAGGGAGGGAAGCCACCGGGAAUUAUUUUUCUUGAUUUUUUGCUGCUUUUGUAAAAAGAAACUAAAUUUUCUUUCAAUUUUUUCCCAUUUGAAGAAAACUGGAGAGAGAGAAGAGAGAGAGUGAGAUGUGAGAAAGAGAAGAAGAGGAGGGAAAAAGCUGAUUACGAUGUGAAACUAUUACUGUUACAGUACCGACUAUGAAUUUAGCUACUACCACAACAUAUUUGCGCCGCGCUUUUGGAGGUUAUUGUAUAGAGAUAAGGAAAGCAUUUUCUUUUUUUUUAUAUCUAAUUUGUGUGAGGGAAAAGCUGGUUUGAUUUCAUGUCAUUUUAGGGCGGUUGCAAAACUGUUGAUAAGUUACGAUUAGCCCAAGUGUUUCUUUUUUUCUUCGUUCCUCCCCCAUUUAGCUCGCUUCGUUAUGUUUAAGACACCACCACCACCACCAGGUCCCCAUUAUUAGCCAUACUAAGUGCGCAGUUUUAGUAGCGAUUAGUAGCCAUUUCUUAAGGUAGAUUUUAUGUCGUACACUCUCUCAUACUCAAGAGGCCACCAACCACCACCACAACCACCACGUACAGAAACAGAAAAGUAUGGUGGUUGUUGCUUAUAUGCGAUAUAAGCGUACGCAUGCGAAGGAUGUUUCUUCUAUCCUUUAUUUUUUUCAUUCUACUAUGUCAUAUAGCCAUUUUGUUCCGGGGGGGGAAAGGAUGGAGGGACGUGUAUUGUGAAGUACUUUUAGUAGUAGUAAGUAAGCUGUUAGCAUCGCUUCCGAUUCACAAUUGUUUAUAUCCCGUCUACUCUCUCUCCCGCUAAGAAGCAAGCUAAGAAGGAAAAAAAGACAUUUUUCAUUUAAAAGAAAAACGAAAAUCAACGGAAACACACCUUAAAAUGCCCACGUCUAGCAGUUAAGUAUUUAUUUCGUUUAGAGCGAAUGUGAAUCUAUUCAGUAGCCUCACCGGGCAUGGUAUCCCCAACUACCCUUUCUUUUAAUGUUUGUAUCUAUCUCAUCUAUUCCUGUUUUCCUGUUCGUUUCUUUUUGUUUGUCUUUCUAUGUCCUUGUACGGUACAACGCAAGCAAAAACAUUUCAACUAAUGUAUUUAAUUUAAAUUAAUUUAUAUCUAAAGCACCAACAAACGAACGGAUGAAUCAUCUCACUUUAAUUUGUCACCCACCCAUCUCCGACACACACACACACAGACACUUUUUGGGGGAUGACGGGGGCUAAUGGAAAGGAGGCCGACGAGACGAGGCCUCUUGUGUGUGUGUGUGUUUGUAAAUCGAUUAAAAUGCCAUAUUGAAGUAUAGGAGGAAAAACAAUGGUGUAGAAAGUGUGUGUCUGUGUGUGUAUGUGUGUGUGUGCGUGAGUAAACUUUAAACCCACCCCUGCCCCCCCGAAUUAUUGUGGGUGAGAUUAUGUUGUUUAAGUGUAGCUGUGUAUCUAAGGUUUUCCUCUAUUUUUUUCGUCUUUCCAACUAUAUUUCCCUUCCUGAAUCGUUUGUUCUGGAUAAAAGUUCGUACAGUUUGGUUCUUUUCUUCUAAUUGAUAAGUUUGCAAUUGUGCGCGAUGUACGCGAUAAAGACAGGCAAACAGUUUGUAUUAGUCCGUGUGUUACACGCGAAAAACACGCAAAAGUGGGUGGGAAAAAAUGCAAAGCGCAUAGAAAUAUGAAACUAUUUGCCAUACAAAACGUGGAAAAUCGAACAAACAAAAGAGUUGAACAGUUGGCAUGUCUAGAAGAACCAUAUCGAAAACAAAAGGGAGAAGGAAGUAAAUACUCACAGGAGAACACGAAACAAAAACGGAAAAGAAACAAACAAGCCUUUCGCUCGUAUAAAAUGCAUAACACAGAAAGUAAUACCGUGUGGAGUGAGUGCAAAGGAGAAGCAAAAGAAGAAGGUUAGUACCUUUUGGUUUAUUUUGUAAAGUACUGUGAGAGCAUUUUUUACGUUUUAAGCUAAUCAACUAAAGACAUUUAAAAGAAAACGGAAGGAAAGUGGGAAAAAUCAACAUGGCAAAGACAUUAAGUGUGGUGGCAUGAAGUUCCAAAUUGAUGAUAAUAUAAAUGAAAGAUACAUUACAAACACACACACAUAAAACAAACACACACACAUACAUGAACAAAAAGCAAAACAACACAAAACUAUAAAUAAACAUAAGUUGCAUUUUUUUAUCUCAAAAUAAUAUUUUCUCCUUUUUUUCAUUUGUUUCCUUUUAAAGAAAGCGAUGAUCACUCCCCUUGUUGAGGUAAGCGUUUUCUAAUGGAGUUUUUAGUUCAUUUAUAAGUUUUGUAAAUAUUAAGCUUGUAACUUUGUUUGAUCUACUUCAUUUCUAUUACAACAUUCAAUCAUUCAAUGACAGAAGACAAUGAAAUUGAUGACAAUUCUUUAAACUCACACUCUCACACACACAUAAAAAACUCUCACACACACACACAGAAAAGGACACACACACAGAAGGAUGAAAGAAGCAAAAGGUAAAGAAAAAUAGAAAUAUACAGUAGAAAAGAAUGUGAAAGAAGACGAAAACACACACACAGCAAUGAUGCCAUACAGUAAAUGAAUUCAAGUAAAAGCGAUGCGAAACCAACACAACAUAAAAGGACAGGUUGGGUUGAGUUAGCAGCAGCAUUUUAGAGCAAACAUUAUGAUGAUAUACAACCAAUAUACAAAGCCAUACAUGUAUUUUCCCUAUUGUGGAGGAAAUCGAUGGUUUUAUUGUGACAACCGGAAUCGUCCUUCUCCUAUCCCAUUUCCUUACAAAAGCAGCAUGCGAAGAGGAAGAGAACUCACUUGAAAAAUACGUACAAGGACCCCAAUUAGGGGGCUCUGAUAUAUGAGAGAGGAUUGUGAGAAAAAGAGAGGCUUCUUCAUAGUAAAUGCGUCUGUGUAUGAUUUCAUGCUAAAAAAUAAGGAAGAAAGGAGUGUAUUUCCGUUGCCAAACUGGACGCACUGUUCUGAGAAGCGGGAAAAAGGUAGGAAAGUAAGUCCUAGAAUGACAUUAUUUUAUAGUUACACACCUACAAGACAAGCAAUCGAUAAGCUAUCGCAAACCAUUUAGUAAAAGAGCAAUGGAAAGUAAAAGCUAAAAAAAUGGUAUUUGCUAAGCACAUUACAGCAAACAAAAAAAAACACAAAAGAAGAUUAACAUUGUUUCAAAAUGAUCUCAUAUCGUAAAGCAAAAACAAAACGGGAAGGUGAUAAAAGAGAAGAAAAAAAACAUAAUGAAAAGAAGAGCAAAAACGAUGAGGAAGAGACAAGAACGAAAGGAAGGAAAGGGAAGAGAAUAUUUUUCUUUUUGUAGAAAUUUUGCGCUGUUAUUUAUAAGCAACAAGAAAAGAAGACGAAGCAAAAAAAUAAUAAGAGGGCUCGAUUAGUGGAGAAGCAGUUGUAUAAAACAAAAGAUGAUUAAAAACAAAACGCAAAGAAUUGUAGAAAAUAGUAAGAAAAAUUCAAUCUCGGUAAAACAUGAAAAUGAAACACAUAACUAAAAGUGGGAAAAAAACAAAACGGAUAAAAAGAAACACAAACAUGAGACAUAAAAAAGCCUUUGGAUGAAACAAAAUUGUAAAUUUGUGCGCGCGCGUGUUUUUUCAUAGUCUUUCGGUUUGGCUCCAUUUUCGGCUAGUGAGUUUUAAAGAAAAGGAAGCAUAAGAGAAAAAAAAACACGAAAGGAAAGUGGAGGAAACAAGUAUCAAGCAACAAGUGGAAAUAGGGAGGGAAAACACUUUAAAAGAAAUGAUGUAUUGAUGUAACAACAAGAGGGCGAAAAAGCAACAACAAAAAAAAUCAUACCCAAAACACACAUACACAACAAUGACAUGAAAAAAUGAAACUAUACAAAAUAUAAAUAUAAAUAAUGCUACGCUUUUCAAUCAUUUGUAGGAAGGAAUACACAAAACAAAACUAAGCAAAUAAGUAAAAGUGCAAGUAAUGUACAAGAAUCAUACCAGCAUGAUUUCUUGAUGGCAGAAUUAAAAAAGAAAGGAAAAAAAACAAACCUGCUCGCAUGUUUGCACUUAUCAAAUGUGCGUAAUAAAACACGAUAGACGAAAAAUCAAAUCAUUAACGAUUAACGGAAACAGGAAGAAGGAUCACAAAACACACAUACGUACGUACGUGCAUGCUUGAGAAGAGUGUGUAUGAAGGCCAUACUAAAGCUGUAAGAAUUAGUAAGAGAAAGAGAAAGGAAUCCGUCAUUCUACGAAGAUAGUGGAGAUUUGCAACUAAAAGACAUGUUAAGAGAAGAAGGCAAAACAAAAUUAUAAAACAAGAAAGCGAGGAGGUAAUCAAGAAAGAAUGGAACAGAAAGUAGAAGGCAAGAGAAACACUGAAGGUGAAUAUAAGUAUUUAUUAUUAUAUUAUUACAAUUACAUAUUGUGAACGAGGAAGGAAAAGCGGAAGAAAAUGCAGAAGACAAGCAAACUAAGACGUAAUUAAGAAGCAACCAAGAAGAAGCAGUUAGAAAUCCUACUACUUGAUCGAAAUCAUCACUCCUUGCUAAUCCUUUACUAUAUUUAAGUGCGACAAAACAUGAUAAUGAAAGAGAUAAUGAAAGAGCAAAAGGAGCGCGUGCGCGUGUAUGGUAAUAGUAGAGUGGUGGUAGUGAUGAUAAUACGCACAUGAUGCGCAAUACAUACGCGCAGUACACUCAUACACACAAAUACACAAACACACGUGACGCGGUGGAAAACGGAAGGACGGAAGGAAGAUUGAUUGGCCUGAGCAUUAGGUGCAUUAGGUAAGCGAUAAGCGUGGGAAAUGAAUGGGAAAAUCAUUCAAUCCUCAUGCAAAACAUCCAACCAACACAUACAAACAGACAUACAUACAUACAACUACAGAGAGAGAGACAUUCAAACUCACCGGUAAAGGAGGGAAAUGCACAUGGUAUGAAUGAAACACGUGGCCGAUGUAUGUGUGUAGGGAAAGUCCACAGCGUGUAAGGUUGGUGUGUGGAAGCACACGAGAGCAGACGGGCGCGCAUUAUUGAUUAUGAUUAUUAUUGCAAAUUAUUAUAUAUUCUUAUUAUAUUUAGUGAUGACAAAAACAAGAAAAACGGAAAAUAAAACAGAAUGGAAAAAGCAAAACAAAACUAAUGUAAAGAAA